CCGCAGCCUUCGUCCGGAGACCCACGGAGCGACCCGAGAAUCGGCCUUGAGGGUUAAAGAGGAAGCGUCUGGCGGGACCCGUGGCCCCGAAGAAGUGAAGCGAGGCGACACGACACGGACCUGUCCUCAACACCAGGAGGAGGACACGGGACGGUGAAGGGCUAAGGCCGCCAGCCCAAGCCAGGCGCCUCUCAGUGAUGCAGACCCCGCGCGCUGACGCAAUAACCGGCCGCGGCCUCCACGUCUCUGGGUUCGCAAAGACUUCUGGGAACGACCCGUGAGGAGAUCCAAGAUGGCGGAGGCGGCGGAGUCUCCGGGAGACCCGGCGACAGCAUCGCCCAAGCCCUUGUUUGCAGGCCUUUCAGAUAUAUCCAUCUCACAAGACAUCCCUGUGGAAGGAGAAAUCACCAUUCCUAUGAGAUCUCGUAUUCGGGAAUUCGACAGCUCCACGUUAAAUGAAUCUGUCCACAAUACCAUCAUGCGUGAUCUAAAAGCUGUUGGGAAAAAAUUCAUGCAUGUUUUGUACCCGAGGAAGAGUAACACUCUUCUGAGAGAUUGGGAUCUAUGGGGCCCCUUGAUCCUUUGUGUGACACUCGCAUUAAUGCUUCAACAAGGCUCCGCAGAUAACGAAAAAGAUGGAGGGCCCCAGUUUGCAGAAGUGUUUGUCAUUAUCUGGUUUGGUGCAGUUACCAUCACCCUCAACUCAAAACUUCUUGGAGGAAACAUAUCUUUUUUUCAGAGCCUCUGUGUGCUGGGUUACUGUAUACUUCCCUUGACAGUGGCAAUGCUGGUUUGCCGGCUGGUGCUUUUGGCUGAUUCGGGACCGAUAAACUUCAUGGUCCGGCUUUUUGUGGUGAUCGUGAUGUUUGCCUGGUCUGUAAUAGCCUCUACAGCUUUCCUUGCUGACAGUCAACCUCCAAACCGCAAAGCCCUUGCCGUCUAUCCUGUUUUCUUGUUCUAUUUUGUCAUCAGUUGGAUGAUUCUCACCUUCACUCCUAAGUAAAUCAGGAAAUGGAAAUUCAAAACCAGUGAACUGAAAGGUCAUCUGAACAGUGCAAUUCACCGUGAAGUUUUGCCUCUUGUCUGUCUUGGAGGUAUUUGGCAUCUGGCUAUGUGACGGGGUUACAAGAGAGCCAUAAAGCUCCAUCGCCAUUUGUGUAAGGAACUGAUGUUUGAAAGGCUGUCCUUUCCCUCUUAAUAAUGUUAUUUCUUUAAAAUACGUGUGCAUACUACACACAGUUUAAUUCCUUCUUAAGACGUGAUGGGGGUCGCUGUGGUCCAUUUGGGCAAUAACCAAUGACUGGAAGCACACAGCUACAUCCUGCAAGUUGAAUAACUAUGGAGUUGAUAACUAUUUUCAAUCUUCAGAAUACCGGUUCAGGUGCAGCUCUGAAACACAUUGCCUUACGACUAUUAGACUAUGCCUGCUACUAGAAGAAAUAACGGAUAAUCUCUGUCCAUUUCCUUUUAUUUCUUAAGUUUAAAAAGGCAAUGACAGAGGUUAGUAGAGGGGUUCAUACACGUGGGAGGAGCAAAUGUGCAUUCACCAGUAUUCAGACUUCGAUCAUAGAAAAUUUUGCACUUUUUGCUUUAAAAAAAAGAAAAAGCAGAAGAUACAUAAAGAGAGUAGUCUUUCUGUAUAGUCCCCUUUCGGCCAUGCUAAGUAGCACCUCGGUGACACUACUUUUAAUCUCGCUCACUAGCUCUGGAUAUGCAAGCUAAGAUGUUAGCAUCAGCAUGUAGUUUUCCUUUGCCUGAAGCUCUCAGUGGUCCAGUGCUUGAACUUACCCAACUAGGAGACCUCAGAAAUUUCGAUUGAUAGGUCCGUAAGGCAUCUCAUCAUGUGGGCACCUUCUCUUAAAGGUGGAAUGAGGCAGUUGGGAGACAGCAUAGCUGUAAGGGAUUCUUCGUUAUUCCUUGCUAUCUGGCCCCCAUCUAGGAAGUAAGGCUCAAUCCGAAGCCUGCAUUUCAUUGGAGGGAUUUCGUGUUCUGAGGGCUGAUUCACAGGACAUCUAGACACGUAGAGCAUGAUGUAGGAUGACUUGGCUUUACAGCUGCUGCCUUUUCAUACUGGCCUCGGCAGUUUUUUCAUUACAUGGGUUUUUUGGGCUGAGGAGUAGCAAUUCAUUUCCUUGGUUGCAGACUUUAAAGCUAAUUCGCUCUCCUUUAGACGAGUCUUUUUCUGUGUCUACUUGUAUUAGUAUGGAAGUGUGAAGGCUUUCCAGCGAGCAGAGUGUCUGGGACAGGCUGAUUCUGAGCUCAACAGGGCUCCUUUAAGGUAAUGUGAGCUGCUGCCUCUAUAAAUUGCACAUUGAAGAACUCUUAAUAGACAAAGCCUAGGAGUCAGGCAGGAAACUGUCAUUGUAAAAAUACAGUUACUGACAAAGAUAGGAAUGUCUUAUUCCACAAGUGUUCUUCAUCCCAGAAUUUAUUUAUUCAUUUUGUAUUUAAGGACUACCUACACGUAGAUAUAUCAUUUGACAAACAUGUUCUCUAUCCCCAGAUUAAGCAAUGAACAGCACUGGGUUCUUGGAGUGAUAUUCUAGUACAAAAGUGUUACAAACUUGGUCCCUUCUGUCCCAGCUUUGUCCAAAAUUUGUGCCUAUAUAUUUGUGUUUAUUUCAAAUUCCCUUUUUCAUUUUAAAGUAAACUCUGGAGGACUAAGCUCAGAUUUUAGUCAUGAAUUGGUAAAGAAUAUUUUAGAACGGGUCCUAAUUUUGAAAUUUGUCCUAAAUUAUCUUCCAUAUCCAUUGUCUGAAAUUUUCUAACCUCUGCUAAAAAGAUCUUUCUUCCAAAGUUGUUUCAUAAUCUGUCCAGUGAUUAGUGUAAAAUUACAGAGAUAACCAUGCUUUUCAAAAGGGAAUUAAGUCUUUAUCGAAUUUUACUCAGGCUACAUAUUUGGUGAGAAACUCCUAACACCACAACUCGGGGGGUUUGUGUGUGUGUAUAUGGGAGGGGGUUAUACAUAGUGGGGAUUAAGGCAGCUUGUUCUGUGUAUUAAUCUGUUGCUCUUGAGUGACUUAGGGAAUGGCUUUAUUUGAUUUGAAGGUGGGUAAAAUGGAAAUUAUCUUUCUGAAAACGAGUGGUCAGUUUCAAGGCAUAAAUGUUUUCUUAUGUGCAAAAAAAGUGCAUUGCUUUCAGUAACAGAAGACCUAAGUAUCUGGACCUUGUAACCUUCAACACAGCUUUCCCUGAUUCGCUGCAAAGGCACAUGGCUAAUUGUAGAAAGGGGGACUGGAAUGGAACCGGGACUCCAACAGAGGAAACCCUGUGCCAGGAAUUGGGAAGUUUCAUGCUUCAGAUGAAACGCAAGUGUGUAAGCAUCAUUGCCCGAUGCGGUGUAUCACUGCUGGACAGGGUACGUCACUGCUGUUCAUGGCGCGACACUGCCGGACAGGGUGCGUCACUGCUGGUCGCGGUGCAUCACUUGCUUCUGCACCUGAGAUUGAGACUUCACUGUCAUAUUCUUUAGCAGUCACAAAGGUGAAGACUGGAUUUAAUCGCUGUUCAGAUUAUGAAAACACAGUUGAUGUGAAUGUAUUUAAAUGUGCCGUAGUAGUCUUAAAAGUCAGUCAUUCGUCGUCAAGUCUUUUACCUCCUCAGAGGCUUAUUACAUGAGUUGAAUUGGGUCUUAUCAUUGUGGUGGGGUUUUUCUGUUUGGGCAAGGUGGGGUCACAGGGCAUGAGACUGUUUAUUGUAUUUGUCUUUUUAUAAACUGUCCCCCAAAAUGUGAUUAGAAGGCUGGCAAGCCUGUAUUUGAAAAUUUAAUUGUGUACUUUAUAUAGCCUAUCUACUGGAUUUUCUAUUUCCUCCUAGAGAUGAAAAUGAAAAUCUCUUGUUAUUUUGAAAUUGUGGGUAACAUCAAGCCAGUGGAGUUUAUCUAAAGCCUGUCAUGAUGUGAACAGAUGUCCAUUGCAUGCAGCUAUUUCAUUGCAGAGUAAAAUACUGAAAUUGUGAUUCUCAGACUUAAUUUCUGAGGCAAUUUAAAUAGAAAUACAUAUGAAUGUUAAUCCAUGUAUGUAAAUUAGAAAUCAUUUUCUAGAUUCUGUGGGCUUUUAUUAAAACUAAGGAAUUUUUAGGGAUUUACUUAGGCCAUGGGAUGGCCAAAUAAUAAUGACAAUAAUAUUACUACUAAUAAUGGCUAACAUUUAUUGGGCACUUACUGUGUGCCAGGCACUAUUCUAUUUUUUUAAGAAUUUUUUUAUAGCAUUAUUGAGAUACACUGAACCAUAAAAUUCACCCUUU